AUGAUCAGCUCACUAAGCGACAAGAGUGCGCUGGUGCUCGAGCUCGGGGCACGUUACGCCCGAUGCGGCAUAUCUGGAGAGCGUGCACCUCGCUGUGUGGAACGUUGGCAGGUGGGGGAGAUGCUGGAGACGCCAUUAAGUGCCACUAAAUGGCGUCAAUAUCUGUAUUCAAAGCUCCAUACUUUGUGCUUUGAUUUGUUACUUGUGAGUCCGACGCGUCGACGCUUUGUGGUGUGUGAAGAUCUCCUGCUGCCUCGAGUGUUUCGAGAGACGCUACUGAGUGUUCUCUUUGAUGUGUUCAAGGCUUCUGCCGUGACACUGGUGCCGUCGAUGUUGACGGUGCUGUAUGCUACGGCCAAUCACACGGCGUUGGUAGUAGACUGCGGCUGGUCGGAGACGCGGCUGCUUCCAGUGUAUAAAGGCAUUCCUCUUCCUUAUCUUUAUCAAACUGUAUCCGUUGGAAGUCGAAACUGCUGUCAAGUUAUCCAACGAGAGCUGAAUUCUUCCCGUGAUCAGCCGAUGGACACCUCCAAAGUUGUCACGCCUGUGACGGAAACCUUAGCAGAGGAUAUUCUAGAGCGAGCGUGCUUUGCGCAACAAAAGGAUCCAUUGCUGAAUGUUAUUGACGCCGACUUUCAUACGCAAGGCAACGACGUGCUUCAGGUUCCUGGGUUCUUGCGUACUAGUGCUGUGGAACAGCUCCUUUUAGGCGACGAAGACAGGGAUGGGACAUUUAUUGUUGAUGGUAUCGUUCAGGUCUUGAAGAAGGCCCCUCUUGAUGUAAGAGCAGCAAUGCUGGAGAACUUGCUUUUGGUUGGGGGAGCCGCUAUGAUCCCUGGCUUGGCCCAGCGCGUGGUGGACGAAGUACGCGAGCUAUUACACCAUGACAACGAGUUUGCUUCAGCUUCAGUCGCUGUUGAUAGAGCGCAGCUUGUUCCGACAUAUUUUCCUCGCAACAUGCUUGCGUGGGUAGGGGGUUCAAUUUAUGCUGCCACUGAAGGUGCACGUGUCUCGGCAAUUUCGCUGGAAGACUACAGCAGUUCUAAAGGCACCUGCAUCCCCGAUUGGCUUACUGUGGCUGAAGAAGGAUUCUAG